AUUAAUUGUUUGUUCGCUUUUGUGUUAUAAAAGGGUUGUGUUUAUAAAAACAGUUUUAUACAUUUCGCUCGCAGUUUGGUCGUGGCAUAGCUGGUGUUAACAUCAUAGUUUCCAUUUUAAACGUAGCGCGCGAAAAAUAAUAAAGUAGACAUUAUUCUUGAUUGUUCGGUAGGACAGUGAAAUAAGAAUGGCGUUCCUCGAAGGGCCAUCGCCUAAACAAGCAGAAAUUAUUAAACAGGAGUUGGGGGAAGGUUCUGGCGAUUUAGAGCGAGGAGUCAGAGAUCUUCGAAGUAUGUGUGCAGCGUCACCAUAUUUACCACAGCCUGAAGUAAUAGAUAAAAAUAUUCUGGAACUGUUCGUCCGCGGCUGUCGCAUGGAUCAGGAGCGCGCGCGGACAAAGUUCGAAGCAUUUUGCGUAGCGCGCGCGCGUUGCCGAGACCUCUACGAACAUCGUUCCCUUAGCGAGCCACCUUUGAACGACGUACUGAAGUUCAUGGACAUUGCGCCUUUGCCAAAGUUAACAGACGAAGGUCUUCGAGUGACGAUAUUCCGCGUGCGUGCAAAUUAUGCAGAAAGCAGUACGGACAUCGCGGCGGUCGUGCGCGCUAUACUGCUCAUUAGCGACGCGCGCAUGCACGACGAAACCCUCAUAUCUGGCGAUGUCUUCAUUUGGGAGACAUCGAACGUCCGCGCCUCGCUCGCGGCGCGCAUGGCCGCCGCGGCGAACUCCGUGCGGCGCGCGAUACACCUCGCGCACGCGGCGUACCCGCAGCGCAUGCGCCGCAUACACGUGGUGGGCGCGCCGCCGCUCAUCGCCUCCUCGCUCAACUUUAUACGCUCCUGUGUCAACGACAAGAUACGGAGAAGGUAUUAUCUGCACCAAAAAGUUGAGGAUCUUCUAGAGCACUUCCCGUCUCGAGUGUUGCCAGCUGAAUGGGGCGGAGAAGAAGAAUCUAUUGAAGUCAUCGCUAAGAAGUGGAGACGUCGUGUAGACGAACUGAGGGACUACCUACGAGACCUCAGUGAGCUGUCCAACCUCGCAGAAGAACCGCAGUAUGACACCGACAUUUACGGCACCGUUGGAGCCUUCCGGAAACUAGAUAUAGAUUAAAAAUAAAACAUUUUAUUGUUUAAAAUUAAAUCUUGACUUGUGGUUUCUAUGUAAGGACUAUGUAAGGAUUAGGUUUACAUUUCCAAAUUAAGCAUUUUCGCUAUUGUGAUAUUUUUUAGACGUUGCACGCUAGAUAUGUUUUUUUUUUCUAAAUACUUAGUUAAUAAAAAA